CAGAGCUCGCGCCUCGUCGCGCAACGCACGCCGGGAGCCGGCCCGAGCCGCCAAGAUGUCGCAGCCCAAGAGAAGAAAGCUUGAGUCGGGGGGCGGCGGCGAAGGAGGGGAGGGAACUGAAGAGGAAGAUGGCGGAGAGCUGGAGGUGGCCCUGCCACGACCCCGGAGGACUAGGCGGGAGCGGGACCAGCUGUACUACCAGUGCUACUCGGAUGUAUCGGUCCACGAGGAGAUGAUUGCCGACCGCGUCCGCACCGAUGCCUACCGCCUGGGCAUCCUGCGGAACUGGGCAGCGCUGCGGGGCAAGACCGUGCUGGACGUGGGCGCGGGCACCGGCAUUCUCAGCAUCUUCUGUGCCCAGGCCGGGGCCCGGCGCGUGUACGCGGUGGAGGCCAGCGACAUCUGGCAACAGGCCCGGGAAGUGGUGCGGCUCAACGGGCUGGAGGACCGAGUGCACGUCCUGCCGGGGCCGGUGGAGACGGUGGAGUUGCCGGAGCAGGUGGAUGCCAUCGUGAGCGAGUGGAUGGGCUGCGGACUCCUGCACGAGUCCAUGCUGAGCUCUGUGCUCCACGCGCGGACCAAGUGGCUGAAGGAGGGCGGUCUGCUACUGCCGGCUUCCGCCGAGCUGUUCGUGGCGCCCAUCAGCGACCAGAUGCUGGAGUUGCGCCUAAGCUUCUGGAGCCAGAUGAAGCAGCUCUACGGUGUGGACAUGAGCUGCCUGGAGAGCUUCGCCACGCGCUGCCUCAUGGGCCACUCAGAAAUCGUGGUGCAAGGCCUGUCCGGCGAGGAUGUGCUGGCCCGGCCGCAGUGCUUUGCUCAGCUGGAGCUGGCCCGCGCCGGCCUGGAGCAGGAGCUGGAGGCGGGGGUGGGUGGGCGCUUCCGCUUCAGCUGCUACGGCUCGGCUCACAUGCACGGCUUUGCCAUCUGGUUCCAGGUGACCUUCCCCGGAGGGGACUCGGAGAAACCCCUGGUGCUGUCCACCUCGCCUUUUCACCCAGUCACGCACUGGAAGCAGGCACUCCUCUACCUGAACGAGCCUGUGCAAGUGGAGCAAGAUACGGACGUUUCCGGAGAGAUCACGCUGCUGCCCUCCCAGGACAACCACCGUCACCUACGCGUGCUGCUGCGCUACAAAGUGGGCGACCAGGAGGAAAAGACCAAAGACUUUGCCAUGGAGGACUGAGCGUGGCCUUCUCUCCCAGCUACCUCCAGAGGCGGCCAGACCUGCGCGGUAGAGGCGGAGGGGGGUCGGAGGAGAAAGGGAAAUCUCACGUGCAAGUAGGGGACAUUAUCUUCCGUCUCCCUUUCCCCUUAGGGCUCCUGGGGAGGGAGAAUAACUUCAGUCUCCCUUCGAGGAGAUUCUUCUGGCGAUAUUUAUUAAAAAGUGAUUUCGAUCCCCCUCAACAACCGAAACAGCGUGUUUAUUAAUGGCCCUUUAAGCCUCAAAAGCACGUGGUACCAAGCACUUGUAUUUCUUUUGUUUCAUGCAAAAAAGGGGGAAAAAAGGAAGAAAAUGUCAGUUUGUGAAGGCUCCAUGCACAUCCCAGACACCUCACACCCUAAGUCUAAAACCAGGGAGGGGGUAAAGGGGUUUAUAAUUAGACUCCAGAAAUCUCCCAUAUGACUAAUAUCUCUCCAGAGCCAUAUUCCCUCCCUUCCCAGGUGCCUCUAGGCUACGGUAUUUCUUUCUCAUUGUUUUUUUAAAUAAAUUUUACUACUGGUAACGUGGGAGAGGAGAAUGAGGACAAAGUUUAAAUAGCACUUACUACUUCCUUAGGGUGCUAGAGUUGAUGAACACCUUACUCCAUUAAGUGAAGUUUUAUUUAACUUAAUGGAGUAAGGUGUUCAUCAACUUUAGCACCCUAAGGAAUUGUACAGCACACCUAAGAAAUCUAGAAGGUACAUUUAGGAGAAAAAGACCUGAAAGAUGGUGAAGUAGUAUGGAUGUUUUAAUUGUCUUUACUCUUAAGAUUUAACCAAGAAAAUGUUCCAUAAUAAAAUUUUUGUGUACUUCUUUAAAAUAAGCUGAUACAGGAGGUUUCUUCUGAUCCUGACCCAAGGGCUUAUUUAUCAUCAUGGGUGAAUUAUUUAAGCUUACUAAAUUACGGAAAAUAUUUUCUCAGCUAGAAAAUUAAACUCCCUCAUUCAGAGGGAUCAUGUGAUUUGGCCUACUUUGAUCAAGUGAAAGUUUUUUAGUGUUUUUUGGGGUUUUUUUUCUUUUUAGCUCAGCUGAAUGUGAAAGUUGUGAAUUUAGGAAAAUCAUUUGUAAUGAAGUGUGAAUCAUGUUAUCAAAUUUAUUUUACCCAUGUUUCCCUCCUUAUCUCUGUGGCAAAUAAAACAUUGGCAUUCGCUCUAUUUUUAUA